AAACUGUUAUAAAGUUGCAUGCAGCUAAAGACUCUAUAGCUGCUAUGGCAAGUUAUGAUCAGAGAAAUGUGUUCGAUCUACACCAGUAUCAGUGGUCUUUUAUUGAUAAUCCAAUAACAGAAGACGAUUUGUGCAGUCGAUGUGGUAAAAUCCUCAAGGAACCAAUGCUAACUGAAUGCUGUGGAACACAUCUCUGCAGAACAUGUGCUGAGCCUGACUUCAUUGAAGGAAAACUUAAUGAAUGCCCUGGUUGUAAUCAGCCGUCUGUUACGUGCAUCCUAGAUAGACCAAAAUGGAAGAAUAUUCUUUGUUUAAAAGUGAAGUGCCCAAUGAAAGAAAGAGGUUGCCAGUGGAAUGGAGACAUUCAAAGCAUCCACGAUCACUUGACUGUGGACUGCAAGUAUAUGGAUUUUGAGUGCAGUAAUGGAUGUGGUGAGAGUCUUGAAAGACAUGAUCUCCCUGAUCAUCUAGAAAAUGCUUGCCCCAAACGCUCUGUGGCAUGCCAACAUUGCAAUCAAGUGGGUGCAUUAGAGAACAUUGUUGGUGAUCAUCUUUUUAUCUGCUUUGAAUAUAUUAUUCCUUGCCCCAAUGGUUGUGGAGAGCAAAUAAAGCAGUUUAGUUACUAUAAUCAACAUUCAGAAGAUUGUACCCACUUGAUUGUACCAUGUCCCUUCAAUUUCGUUGGUUGUAGUGCUCUAUUUGAGAGAAGGUUGAUGCCCCAACACCUUAUAGAAGACAAUCAAAAGCAUACUCAUCUUCAGUCGAAAUUCAUCUGCAGCAAAUUAGAAAAGAGAAAUAACGAAUUUCUUCAGCAGAUGGAAGUAAGUGAAAGGCUAUACAAAUACUAUCAAGAGGUGAGCAAAAUGAAUACUGAUGAAAUGAGGGAGUCAAUUGAGCAACAGAUAGAACGUACUACUUCAAGACGUGCGCAAAAGAUUGAAAAUGGUACAAAGAAAUCAAUUCAGAGAAUUGUCAAUUGCGAGAAUAGAUUUGAACAAACACAUAAGCAUCUGGAAAACACAGUGAAAAUGUUGUUAACAAAAGCACCCAAUACACUGUGGGAAAUAAACCACAACGUGAUUCAGUUCGAAAGUAAACUGUAUUCUGGUCAAUUCAGUGAAAUAUGGACAGGACUACAUCAUCGAAAGCAUCAAGUUGCUAUCAAAAAACAUAAGACGGGUUCAAUGACGCCAUCGAAAUUCCUUCAAGAAGCGUACAUGCUGAGCACUCUACAUCAUUACAAUAUUCUGACACUCCAUGGUGUAGGCACAAGCCAAGAACCUCUCCUUAUUGUCACUGAAUAUUUGAUUCAUGGUAAUUUGAUCAACUUUUUUAAUAGCACGAAGAAGGAAAACUUUAGUGUUGGCCUGAAAAUGAUUGAGCAAGUGCAUGGCAUCUGGAAUGGCUUAUCUUGAGAGUGUGAAUUGUAUUCACAGAUGUAUUACGUCUCGUUCAAUCUUAAUUGGCAACAAAUUCCAUUGCAAGAUAGGAAGCUUCUCGUUAGCUCGAAGGUUGAAAGAAGGUGAAUUUGAAUAUAAAAUUCCACAAGGAGAGAGAGUACCAAUCAAAUGGUCUGCACCUGAAGUUCUUUCCGAAAAUGUAUAUUCCGUAAAAUCUGAUAUUUGGUCAUUUGGAAUUUUACAGUAUGAGAUUAUGAGCCACCAUACUCUUAAAACGUCUAAUUCAAAUCUCAUAAAUACAGAAUACAAUUUGAACCGUCCUGAGGAUUGUGAAGAGGAACAUUAUAAACUCAUAGUUCAAUGUUGGAGUGGGAACCCUGAUAUGAGACCUUCUAUCAGCAUGUUUUUAAAUUUAAAUACUGCAAUUUAUAGCGUUGCUGACGUAGACAAAUUGGCUGAGAAUGAAAAAGUUGAUUCCAGCUUAGAUCUAAAUAAUGAAGAACUUUAUGUGGAUGUAGGAUCAGACCCACGAGAAGACAACAGCCAGAAACAAGGCCCCAAGGAAACUCCUUUUGACGAGGAAGACCCUUGUGAUGACCUGAGCGCUAUUGACGAGGAAGAAAUUUAUGAGAAAUUUACCUUUUAAUGUUCUGGAAAAUCCCAAGGACGGCAUCUAUAUUAGUCGUAUAAGUUCUUACCAGAUAAUUGUUUCACAACAGGAAAGAUUGAUAGUAAAUUUAAUUGAUGCCAUACAUACUAGCUGUGUCCAGUCUAGGGACAUUCCACUCUGUAGUAUAUCUGCAUGUCUAUACGU